CUAUAUGUUUCUGUAAACUAGACCAAGAAAAGCUAAGAAUGUGUGAUAUCUAAAAUUUUUAACUCUAAAGUAGUAAACAUGUAAGCAACGUUCAUCAAAUUUGUUUAUUUAGCAUGUAAUGACUUUAAUAAUGCAUGUAUUUGUAUAAUUAAACAACGUCAGAAAUUUACUGUAUAUAUCUAUAUCGUUUAAAGUGCCCGUAACCCCAAAAUUGAUUUUCGGCAUAUUAAAAGUAUACUAUGAGUGUAGCAGUCUCGCGAAAAAACUUUUGCUGUUGGUUAAAAAGCUAAAAUUUUAGAGCCACUUGAACCUGCUUAUAUUGCGAUUUUACUUGGCACAUGGCCGUCGGAAUAUUUAGCUGCUUGAAGUCUGGAACGAGCAUUAUUUGUGACGUAACGCAAGUUAGUUGUGGUUUCAGCAGGAGCGCGCUUGUAUGUAAAUUUCAGUAUAACAAGACGCUCUAUAGAGAGUUAACUCGCUGGGCUAUACAAAUAAAAACUAAAUUUUGUCACCAUAUUUGCAUUGUGCCCCAAUAGCAAUGCACCCGACUUUAUCCCCGAGCGGACGACGAGGGCACUAUAUAUAAUUUCCCGUGGCUAUAUGCCUAGCAAAGUCUAAAGUUCAUUAAUGAUCGCCCGCGUGGGUCACCGUUCAUGGGUGGUCAUCCUCACUGAUCUCAAAAUAUAGCGGACUGUCGUAAAUAGCGAACACUGAUUGGUCCAAUUUAAAAUUUGCAUUAUAACGACUGCAUGACGACAGCGAAAUAGCAAAUAUUUCUUGACUUGAUGAUUUCUAAAUCUCUUGCAAAUAUAUUUCAUUUCUGGUCACAUUUUUGCAAGAUUUUGUAAAUUUCAAAUGCUUUCUGAGAAAGAAAGAGCGAAAGAAUCGGCUAAAAGAAAGGUGCAAAUGCGAAGGUAUGUUUGUUUUAAAUCAUAUUGACUUGAUAAUUGCUUUAAAACCCGACGGCCUUUGGCUUUGCGUAUACGAAACAACUAAACAAGACAGCAUAUAAUUUCAGUGUAUCCUUAUUGAUUCCCUUUUUUAUUAUAUUGAAUUUUUAAAUAAAAAAGAAAGCAAGGUUAUUUGCAUGCGAGAAUUUGAAAUCAUGGAAAUUUUACACUUUAUCGUACCGGAGUAAUCACAGAAUACGUACGCCAUCAAAACACGCCGAUUAAAGAACGGAAAAACCGUCAGAACACAGGCCUUCAAGUACUUGCGGCACGGUAAACUGUAAAUUACAAAGUGUAAAGUAAAGGAAAUUUCACACUUUACCGUACCGGAGUAUAAUCACAGAAUGCGUACGCCAAGUUUAUUGAUAAAGCCAUUUAAAGAAUUAAAGUCAGUUUAGUUUUAUAAAGAAAACCUUAAAAUGUUUUGCAAAGCGUUUGUGGUUGAAUUCUACCUUAAACUGAAGGUUAUAUUAUACAAAUAAUGAAUGUUUAUGAGUGCAAUGGUAAGAAUAUAUUUUCAUGAGGUGAAAGAUGGAAUGUUCCAUUCCAAUGAGGCGACAGCCGAGUUGAAUGGAACAUUCCAUCUUUCACCGAAUGAAAAUAUUCUUACCAUUGCACGAAUAAAAACAUUCAUUAUUUGUUUUAUAUAAUGCCUAAAUAGACUAAUAUUAAAAGGCUUACUGUAAGCUCCUGUCAUUUUGUCGAGUCGUAAUUGCAUUAAAUCCCAUUUACUGAGUUUCGAAUCGGGUUAAAAUUGCGAUCACCGUACGAGAAGCAUUUUGACGGAUGCAAUUUAUCGAAAACACAAAGAGUGCAAUGGAAUAAAACGUAUAUAGUACAAUUGCACUCGCAUAGAGUGCAAUGGAAUGUAUUCCAUUGCACUCUUGGGAAAUGGAAUUUUUUAUUCAAUAUUACGUGACAAUAAACAGCCAAUUAAACGAUCAGAAUUCAAUAAGCUAUUAUAUAAUACGUAUAAUAACAUAUACCUAACAUAAUAAUGUAUGUUUGGGAAAUACAUAAAUUUGUAAUUAAAUUUUAGGCGAUUUUUCAUUUGCAAUAUUCUUAAAAAGUUAUCAUGUUACCAUGACAACUACUUUAGAUACUUCAUGUUCGGAAAAUACAAUGGUUUUGUCAGCAAGGCGAGGGUUUCUGCAUGCAUGUAUUUUCUAGUUAUUUUAAUGUCUCAUACUAUAGUCCUUUUGCUUGUCAAGGGGAGAGUGCUGCCGCUCUCAAAUUCCGCUAAAUUUGUAUUGCAGGUAGGCGAUUUAUUUCUAGCUAACACUCAAUUGCAUAAUGAAUAUUCGUCAAAAGUCGAUCGACCCUAGUCGACCUCUUCUUGUUUAGCAGCUUUAUUAAUUUGAAGCAAAGGAAUUUUGCACUGUGUGUUGUCAAGUGUAGGUCACAUGCUUUAUUUUAUUUUUACCGAUUUAUUUUACAGCGUGUAUGAUGCCUCCUAUAAGAGGCAGCACACAAAAUCAACAGGUUCCACACCAGAAAAGCCACCCCAAAAUGUAAAAAUAGUUGUUGCAGGUCAGAAAGAGGCUAAGUCAAGGAAAGUUUUGUUCUUAGAGCCAUCUGCUCAAAAUGAAUCAGAUGAUGUGUCGGUGAGUAUGUAUAUUGAAAUAUAUUAGAAAAUUGGAUAAUUUCAAUCUGCAGUGAGUGCGUUCUCAUUUUUUUGUUUUUUUUUUAUAUUCAUAAUUAUUUUUUUAUGUUCUGCUGACAAAGAUGUCAAAUUGCAGACCGCCAUGAUAAGAAUCAGAAUUAGCUUCUAUGCUCCAAUAUUAUACAAAUAAUAAAUGUUUAUUCGUGCAAUGGUAAGAAUAUUUUGAUGAGGUGAAACAUGGAAUGUUCUAUUCAACGAGGCGAUAGCCGAGUUGAAUGGAACAUUCCAUCUUUCACCGAAUGAAAAUAUUCUAACCAUUGCACAUAUAAACAUUCAUUAUUUGUUUUAUAACUAAUAUUGCUUUUUCGAGAACAGUUUAUUAAAACACCAUUUAAUAUAAAAAUAAAUACACACAUUUUGACAGAUGCGAUUUAUCGAAAAUACAAAGAGUGCAAUGGAAUAUAACGUAUAUAUAGUACAAUUGCACUCGCAAAGAGUGGACUCUUGGGAAAUGGAAUUUUCUAUUCAAUAUCACGUGACUACAAACAGCCAAUUAAACGAUCAGAGUUCAAUAAGGUAUUAUAUAAUAUACAAAUAAUGAAUGUUUAUGAGUGCAAUGGCAAGAAAUUUUCAUGAGGUGAAAGAUGGAAUGUUCUAUUCAACGAGGCGACAGCCGAGUUGAAUGGAACAUACCAUCUUUCACCGAAUGAAAUAUUCUUACCAUUGCAAGUAUAAAAACAUAAUUAUUUGUGUUAUGUAAUACCAAAAUCGACUAAUAUUAAAAGGUUUACUUUAAACUCCCGCCAUUUUGACGAAUUGCUAAUCCCAUUUACUGAGUUUCGAAUAUCGGGUUAAAAUAAACUGCGAUCACCGUACGAGAAUCAUUUUGACGGAUGCGAUUUAUCGAAAACACAAAGAGUGCGAUGGAAUAAAAUGUAAUAUUAUUCCUCAAAUUCAAAACGUCCAAUUAAAAUGCUCCAUUUUGCCCGCGUGAGGAUGAAAUAUAUCGUCGUAUUCCGACAUCUACUCGUAGAUAUUAGUUUCUGCAGUCCUUUUGACCAGCACCCACCUCCUAUUCACCGGUACAGCGGUGGAUAUUUAAAAUCGUGGAAGCCACGCAACUCACAAGACUGACGUGUGGGGAAAAAAGCGGGAAAUUGUUAUUUAUUUAAUUCAAAAUGGCCAGCCAUGAUUCUGCACCGGAAGAAGAUCUAGAAAUUGCCAGAAUUUUAAACGAAAGACAUUCUAAAAACAGGACCAAAAGUACUAAAACGGCAUUGAAAGCAUUGACGGCGUUAAUCCGAAAAUAAAACAUCGUAUUCACGAAGCCGAAGGUAUGUGUAAUGUGUUAAGUUUUUAAUUCUCAACUUGGAGGCUUUUAAUUUUCGGUAUAAUAUAUCAUUUAUAGACCUUCCGCUCGGGGGAUUCGGCGAAAUAUUACCCUUGGUGAUGAUAUUUCCCUCGGGGCAAAGCCCCUCGGGAAAUAUCAUCACUUCGGGUAAUAUUUUGCCGAAUCCCCCUCGCUCCAGGUCUAUAAAUGAUAAUAGUACAAUUGCACUCGCAAAGAGUGCAAUGGAACCAGGGCGCUUAUAUACCGGGCGGGGAAACGACCUCAUAGCGCGCUGAUCGAUGUGUGAUGCGGUAGAGAACUGGCACGAGCGUGUUUUUGUGGAAAAAUGGCGGAAGGUGUGAAAUUUUGCAGUGUUGUGUUUUGAUCGAUUUUUCUCUGAUUAUAUACGACCUUUUGUGGCUUUUUUAGCAGGAACAAUACAAAGGAUAUUACUUUCAUCUUUUAACUCUUCGAUAUCGUUGAGUAGUGUUUUAAAGGGAUUUUAUUGUGGAUAAAAGCUUCGUCGAUUGCAUGAGCUGGCGGAUGGUAAAUUUCAACUGGAGUUGUGACCAUGUUGACUCGCUGCCGGCUGAUUAAACAUUUAAGGUAAGUUGACAACAUUACAUUCCGCAUGAUUUGAAACGAUAUUCAUUUAAAUCUAAGUUGACACUUUUUUGUUUUAUUCCCCUGAAUUGACCAUUUCACUUGUCUUGUUGUUGUUGUUUUGAACGCCUCAUACCGACAUAAUAAUCCGGUUCUCCUCCAGUGUGAGAUAGUCUUAGCGUUGUAAGUGAACAAAUUGAUUACUUUCUGGGUAUUUUAAGGCACUGUAUAAGGUGGAAACGUAACAGUGACCGAGAUUAAUACAUUUUUAGAGCCAACUACAGCGUUCUCUUCAACCAAAAACGUAGCGCAUUCGGUGUCAAAAUGUUGUCCACACUUUGCAAGUUUGUGUGCUUGCAGUUAAGACAGUUGCCUAACAAUACACAUUGAGAAAAAAGAUAAUUUAGUUGACACUUUCUUUCAAAAUGAUACAGAACAUUGAAUAGCUGUUAGGACAUAAAUAUCCAUUCGAACAUAUCGAACAUUUUUCAAAGUAAUAUUCCGUUUGCAAUAACGUUGUUAUCACGCCACCAUUUCUUCUCAGCUUUUAUACAACGAGAUAUCAUACUUUUUUACAAACAUUUUUUAACUUUACUGUUUGGAAAUUAAUAUAUAAUGUGUGAUAAACGACAAGCUUGUCAUACAAUUGGUCCGUCCACCAAAAAAUUUAAAAAUACAUGUGGAAAUGAUGCGCUUGAAUAGUCAACUAGUUCGUCGAUAAAUGACAACGUAAGGAUUCAUCCUGUAGCUGAGUAUCAAUCAUUAUUUAACAAUACUGUACCUACUUCAGUGAAAUAUGAUGGUAAAAUUCCUUUGCAACCUGAAGAGCUCCUCCUUUACUCGUUAAUAAGUGUUGUGUCUUCAAAGAAACUUGCUUCUAUCAAGGCAGAGGAGUAUGUAAAUGUAUCGAAAGCUAUUUAUGUUGUGUUUGGUGUGCGAUUUGACUGUCAGAGUAUACGAAACUAUUUUUAUCGUUCAGUAAACAAUGUGACGAAAGGAUUAGGCAAAUAUGAUGGCUAUUUAAGAUGGAAAUUUUAUGCCAAAAUUAUUCAGAAAAUAGUUGCAAAUCAUAAAUGUAUGUUAAUUGACCUGCUUGAGGCAGACUUCUGCGACGCUAAGAAAUAUGACGGACUUCUCAGUAUUAUUGAGAGUGAGUGUUUGGGGUGUUUGCAAGAAAGCAAAGUGUCCAAAACACUGGCAUAUAAAGUAAACAAGAAUCUUGCUAACCUAACAAAUAAGUUCCCUAAAUGGAAAGUCAUGCCUAAUUUGCAAGAUGCCAGUGUACACUUGUUCUAUUAUGAUAAAAGUCCAGGUGAAAGCAUGAAUUAUGAAGUGAUUAUUACAUCAGAUGGGAAUUACAGGUUAUUGUGCAUAUCAUGGGAAAGGAAAGAGUGGUAAAUGUCGAACAAUGUCAGCUACCUACAAUUAUUCAUGAACUAAAUCAUCUAACAUUACUUUUGAAAACUCUUCAAAAGCUGACAAUAUGUCCUGGUGUUUCUACUGAGAACUAUGAAAGUAUCAUACCCCCAGCUUUUGAUCUUUGUGUGUUUAAAACAACUGAUGGGCAACCUGGUGCUUUUCUUGAAUGUGAUCCAAUUAAUGUUGAAAAGAAAGUCAUCCGAUCAAGCAAGUUUUGUACAUUUCUUGUUCCAAAAAAUACUAAUAAUUGUUGCAAAGCUUGUUGUGAAACAAAUCAUUAUUUGAGGACAUUGAAGUCCCGUAGUCAGCAAUCAAGUCAAUCAUGUUCCAAGCAUAAGAGAUAUGAUUACAUGUCCAAGGAUGAACUUGUUGCACACAGUCGAGACACUGCUAAAAAACUACAUUCAAUGCAAACGAGAAUUAAGAGGCUUGAAGAAUGCCAAGAAAGCAUGAGCACAGUAGGAUGUAAAACUGACUCUGAAUUUAGAGGGUUAUUUCAAGAUCUUUUUGAUGGGUUGAGUAAGAAAGUGGAAAAGAACAACAACAAGGUAUGCUACUGGGUAAAUUGCGAUAAUGUCAAUGAAUUCGACUCCCUAGAAUUACUAAUGAAGCACAUAAAAGAAUCGCACCUAGCACAUUUUACUGAAUAUUGUGAUGUGGCACCCAUUGGCAGACACCAUUUGCGUGGAUGGUUAGGAUGUGGAAAAGAAUUUAAAAAGAAAAAGCUCCUUUUAAACCACCUUGAGGACCAUAUUGGUAGUGAAUCAGACAUGUUCUUUGUUACACUUCUUAAAGAUCAAGCAAAGGCAUUGAAUGUUCCCUCUAGGCAGAUGCGAUGGCAUCCCUUGGUUAUUAAAUGGUGUCUAAAGUUAUAUGCAAAGUCCCAUAGUAUGUAUGCUGAUUUAAGAGAUUCAGGUUUCUUAAAACUACCAAGUGGCAGAACUCUUUCUGACUAUAAAAACUAUUCAAGCUCCAAGUCAGGUUGGCAAACAUCAGUAUUUGAGACGAUGGAUAUAACUUUUAAAGAUCAGGGAUUUUCUGAAGUUGGCAGAUUUGGAGGAUUGUUUUUUGAUGAGGUCAAGAUUAAAGAGGGCUUGUUGUUUGAUCCUUCCACAUGGGAAUUAGUUGGUUUUGUUGAUUUGGAAAAUGAUGGAACAAAUUAUACAAUUCAGAAAAGUCUUUCCACUCAUGUUCUCUUUAUUUCAAGAGCGUGUUCUCUAAAUUUCAAUUUCCUUGUGGUUAUUUUCUUACUUGUGGAGUAUCUGCUCAGAGUUUGAACAGGGUAUUUUGGCAAGGAGUUGGACUCUUGCAAGGGUAUGGAUUUACAACCAUCCUUGCAUGUUGUGAUGGGGCUGCCGAGAACAGGGCAUUUAUGAUGAUGAACAAUGUAAGCGAAUUUGUAAGCCAGACAAACAAUCCAUAUCCCCCUCAUAUCAUCAAAAAACUGCGUAACAACAUUUAUAACAGUGGGAGAAAAGAGAUUUCUCCAAGAUACACUAGGUAUUUGUUGUUAAAUUCUAAACCUAUAUUAUGGGACCAUAUUUACGCUGUCCACCAAAGGGACAAAGAUAGGCAUAUAUAUGCUACAGACCUGAGGAAUGCACAUGUUCGCCUUGAUAGUGUUAGUAAAAUGAGAGUAAAACUUGCAGUGCAAGCUUUGAACUCGAAAGUCAAGAAGGAUAUAGAAAGACACGAUCCAGCUGCAACAGAAUCCACCCAAAUGUUUAUCAGCCACUGUGAAAAUUUGUGGAGAGCAUUAAAUGAUAACACACCACUUUCUUCCUUAAAUGAUUCCAGAAUAAAAGACCUGGACAAUGUGAUUAAAUUUUUUGACAGUUGGAGAGAUGAACUUUCUUUGAUGUUUGAAAGCAAAUCUGAAAUAGCAUCACACUUUAUUACAUGGCAAACAAUGUUUGAUAUAAAGGUAUAAUUCACAAGCUUGGCAGUGCACAAUGGCAAUGCCCAUUGUAAAUUUGAAUGACAAAAAUGUUUUCAUGUUUCAAAGAAAUAAUGCCAAAAAUCUCCCUUUAAGGACAUUUAUAAGAUGAUUAUAAAAUAUAAUAAUGCAAUAUAAUAAUCUAUUUUUAUAACACUUUUUGCAGGUUACAGUCAAUGGCAUCAAAGAGCUAGUAUCCUUUAUAAAGAGUUCUGCAUUUCAAAACCUACAUGCUGGAGAUCAUUACAUAAUCCCAAAGAGGUUAAAUCAGGAUGUGGUGGAAUGUUUUUUCUCCAUUCAAAGGCAAGCUUGUGGAGGCACAAAUAACAUGACUGCCUAUAGCUAUGGCUACAAUGUCAACAGUGUUCUUGCAUCGUCAACAAAGAUUUUAUCCACAAAGCAAACAAAUGUUUACAACAGUGAUGAUCUUGAACUUGGACAGCAGAAAUGUGGCUCUACCCUUCUAAAAAGGGACAAUGUUCAAGGAAUAAUGAAGAAAAACCUCUGGCCUGUACACCUUGAGUGAUGUUUUCAUUCAAAUGUGCAUAUAAAGUUAAAAUGUCUUAUACAAUCAGAUAAUCGUCACCACAGAAUAAAGACACACAGAAGGUCGAGUCGGCCAAAAAAUUAUAACAUCUGCCACUGCAUGAUUAGUCAUCAAAAUGCUGAUGCCAUGGUCAUAGCCAGUUUGCUUAUAAAAUAAGAGGCAUUCACCCCUUGGACGUCCGCCAUUUUGAAUAUUAUCAGGGGGUGAAUGCCUCCCAGAAGCACACUGGCUAGGAUGAUGGUGUCAGCAUCAGGGCAUUUUUUAAGAAUUUGUCUGUGGGGGCAUCUACAAAAAUGGACCAUACUAUACUGAGUGUGGAGAGAUGACAGGUGGUGGUUGGUUGAUAAGGCAAAUUUCAGUUACUAGAAUAUCAAACUUCCCUUCUAAAUUCCAUGUUUUGCUUAUAUUUUAUAUUAUAUAGUCAAAAAAUGCCCUGGUCAGCAUUUUGAUGACGAAUUACUGUUUAUGCCAAAAGGCAAAACCAUAGGAAAAACCAAGAAGUCAUCCUUCUGUUUGUCUCUAUUCUGUGUCGCCACACUACAUAAUUUCAUUAAUUUUCCAUUUUGCUCAAGAGUAUCCAGGCUUACAGAAAAUUGUGGUGAGCUGGGUUAAGUCAUAUAAAACAAAACAUAAUCCGAAGAUUAACAUCUUGAAACCCAAGAUAUGAGUUAAAACAAGGCAAGAGUGACUUUGUACAGUACAUAAGACUUUGUGUAUAUAGUAACUUCAGUUAGUCUGUUGAUGAUUUUGCAAUGAAAUCAUAAUAUCACGAACUCAUUUCUGUCUUGUUUCAACUCACAUCUUGGGCUUCAAGAUGUUAAUCUUCGGAUUAUGUUUUCUUUUAUAUUUAUUGAAAUUAUCGGCUGGUAUUGGGUUGGGUUAAGUCAGCCAUAAUGUGUUUGACUUAUCUGUAUUUCAUACAACACAUACAUCUAGUCAAUAAUAUACAAUUUUUUGGCCGGCUUUUUGUUGCAUUAUAAACUGUUCUGCUGUUUAAUGUUACCAGUUAAUAAAGCUAAUAAUAAUACAAGCUGCAUUGCUUGCAUACAAUAAUUCGACUCUUGUUUUCACUUUUCUAGUAUCUCCUAUGACUGUUUUUGCAAACACCUCAGCUUUCUUUACUGAUUGUUUUCAAAUAAGAACUGGCUUUUAACUUGUUGCACUGAUAAAGCACCAUAAGAUACCGUAAUAGCAAGUCUGUCCAAUAAAGUGAGGUUUCACAAAAGUAUUUGGCAUUGGUUGAAGUUUGUUUUGGUCAAGGGCAGAUUAAGAAAAACUUGCAAAAGAUGCAAAUGUUCAAAAAUUCAUUUACUGGAAUAACCUCAGGUUUUCAUAACAUGAAUUAAUGUUUCUAUUUGUUUGCUUUUUUUCUUGCCAAGGAAUGAUGGCUUGCCCAAUGAUUUGAGGAUUUUGGCUAGUUCUUUCCCAUUGAGUAGUGAUAAAAUUUCUUCUUGUUUAAACUCAGAGUACACAGACAAACUUUGCAAAAAUUGAUCAGAUGUAAUAUUUCCAGACCUUAGCUCAUCAAUUUCUUUGCCAUCCUUUUGCUUAGAAGGUUUGCCUUUUUUCUUGAGUUGUUGUCUAAUUGCCAUGCUGCUUUUAUUUGGUUUUAACCCCCCUUUUUCCCGAAGUAUUUGUUGUUUCGACUUCAGAAAAAAAGUCACAAUUCUUUGGAGCAGGACCACAGAUGAUGGUGUAUCUGAAAUUGGUACAAUGCAACUCCACUUUUCUCUUAUCACUUUAUUUUUGGAUAUUUUUUCAAGGCAAUCAAUUAAAAUAUUCCCUUUUUGGGCAACCAUAGUAGUAGGAGUGAUGAGGCUUUCAACCAGAUUGUGAAGGAAUAGAAAAAAAGGAACAACAUGUUUGUAAACAAUAAAUCUGAACUUUCCAUCAGUUUGCUUGACAUCUUCCCCCAGACUUGAAAUUAAAUUAAGGGCCUCAAUCUUACUGCCUUGAAUAAUGGUAGAGUCCGUCUCACUCUCCUUAGCUGGUACUUCAUCCUCGCCUUUCAUCAAUGUGUCCCUAGCUCGCUUUAUGACCCAACCAGCAUGGUCCCUGAUGCUAUCAAAGUCACUUUCAUCACAAGUAGCAGGAUCUUUAGCACUUUGUCCUCCUUCAACAGUAUUAAUACGGCUGUCACUGUGGGAAGACCAAAAGUGCUGAAGAACCUGCUGCAACAAAUUAUCAGAAGCUUCAUGAUCGUGGUCGCUCGAAUCAUCGAAAACAAAUUUCUCCCAUGAUUGCCUUAUUGCCAAAUGGUGAAAACUGCAGUUUCGUUUUUCAGCAAAUGCUUUUUCCAGCUUGAUUGCAUAUUCCUGCGAGUUUUUCUCUGUUCCUGCCUCACUAAAACAAACUUCAACCAAAUGCGAAAUGUCUUUUAAAAGCUCUUCUUUAAGGACAGACUUGCUAUCAUUGAAUACUGCUUCUUUAGCCAAGGUUAAAAGCCAAUUCUCAUUUGACGGCGGCUUGUAAACUUCGGAAAGUGUUUGCAAAAAUGACGCCAAACUUUUUGAUGUAAUACUAGCGGAGAUACUACAAAAAUCAACACAAGAGCCAUAUGGGUCGGAAAGCGUGCUAAAAUCGCCUUCAUCUUCAUCAUCUAAUAUGAAAAACUCCUGAUUUGAUGAAGAUUCGUUAGAUUCCAACAGUGAUUCCAACCUACUGGCAGCCGCCAUAUUUAUUCAUUUCAGCAAAAUUCUUCCCAGUCCUCCGCAUCACACAUCGAUCGGCGCGCGCGUUCUCGUUUCCCCGCCCGGUAUAUAAGCGCCCUGCUUGAAACCGUAUGUCAAUCCUCCUCGAAUGAUACUGCAUAUAUUGAACUACACACACUUAGAAAAGAAUACGAAAUUAUUUGCUCUGAAAAUGCAAUUCUUAAGAAAGAAAACGCCGAAUACCUUGAACGCAUGCACAACUUAGUCUAUAUUACCUCUGAUUUAAAUACAAAAAUUAAAAUACUUGAAGAGGAGAAGGUCAGUUUAGUAAUCUCAGUGCGUCUCGUAAACGAGGACAAACGGCUAUUAAUAAUGGAAGCUAAGCGCUUAGGAAAUGUUUACGAACCGGAACAGUACUCUGAAGUCUCAAACCAAACAAUGCAUUGCGAAAGCACACAAAAUGAAAACCCCAUGCAAAAUGAGCAACAUAAUAAAAUAAUUGAAUUGGUCGAAUUGGAUAAAACAUUCCAAGAAGCAAAUGGUCCGAAUACAAGAAAUGAAAACAUGAACCCCGUUGUAGGGGUGGCUGUGUCUGGCCAUCCCGACAGAACUAGUACAGAUAAACAGCCUAAUUCCGAAUGUGUGUCUCAAAAUCCUAAGAGUGUUGCCCCAUGUCCAUUCCUUCUCCGCCGUGGCCAUUGCACUAAAUUCACAGGACGAAAAGCGUGCCAUUAAUUAGCUUUAGCAAAAAUACUAAAGAUAUUAAAUGUGUAUUUAUAACUUUAAUAAGCCGACUAAAGGUGAUUAAAGAAAAAGUUACAUUUAAUCGCACUUAGUCUGAAUAAAAGACUUCUUUUGGAACUGAUACACUUAAUUGCACUUAGUGAGGAUAUUAAAGUGCGUUAAAACCAACAUUAAAGCGCGCAUACUUUAAUGACCUUUAACGUGUUAUUUAAAUGUUGAUUAAAGGCAGAGAUAGCAUUUAAUCACCUUUAGUUUUGAUUUUAAAUGAAGACAAAACCUGACACCUACUUUAGUCCUCUUUACGACGACAAUUUAAUAGGAUUAAAGAUAAUGUUAUUGCAGAAGUUAUGGUAACCAAUAAACAUGAUGACAUCUGAUACGUUUAUUACUAUCGUGAUACUAUGAUAUGCCUUCAUUCCACCUGAAUUAAGCACUGCGAGACACUGUCGGACAAUACAAGAAGUAAGAAAACUUGUUAGAGCGCAAAUUCGCUCUAGUUUCAUUAUUGACUUUAACACCUUGUCCACCAUACUUACCCGUUUGGUUGGUUAGGUGUUAGCUCAGCUGACCGAGGGGGGUGACCUGGACGGACUCCUGUUACUUGGACUCAGAUUAAGAUCCGUGACAAUGGCAUCUUGAGCUGCCACCCCCCACCGAACUAACACCUUCACACCAAUUAAAAAUUGGUGGAAAUAAAUUGUUGAACUAAGCAUACAAAAGAAAAAAAAAUAUUCAAAGCGCACGUUGUCGUCGUUUGGACGUCAGACUUGGAAUGAUAGAUGUCACCUACUCCCAUUGCGCCAUCCCCCCGGUCAUGUGACGUGCUGACGUCAGAAUACCUGGUUCCCAAGUUGCUAACCUUGGUUAUUGCAUAACCUCAUUUAACACCUUGUCCACCAUACUUACCCGUUUGGUUGGUUAGGUGUUAGCUCAGCUGACCGAGGGACAAUGGCAUCUUGAGCUGCCACCCAAGGGUGAUGAGUAGCAUCACCCCUCCAAGGAACAGAAAGGACCACCCCAUCUUGCAUGCUGGGAAACAAACGACAGUAUAAUAAUGCACAUUAAUUCAGCAUAAUAAGGCGCAUUAAUUCCAGACGUCAUUACCAGCCGAUAUGGUAAGACACGCAUAAUAAGGCACAUUAACUCCAGACGUCGUUGCCAGCCGAUAUGGUAAGACAAGCAUAAUAAGGCACAUUAAUUCCAGACGUCGUUGCCAGCCGAUAUGGUAAGACAAGCAUAAUAAGGCACAUUAAAAUCCGGAGGUCAUUACCAGCCGAUAUGGUAAGACAAGCAUAAUAAGGCACAUUAAUUCCAGAGGUCAUUACCAGCCGAUAUGGUAAGAUAAGCAUAAUAAGUAACAUUAAUUCCAGGCGUCAUUACCAGCCGAUAUGGUAAGACAAGCAUAAUAAGGCGCAUUAAAUUCCGGAGGUCAUUACCAGCCAAUAUGGUAAGACAAGCAUAAUAAGUCGCAUUAAUUCCAGACGUCAUUACCAGCCGAUAUGGUAAGACAAGCAUAAUAAGGCGCAUUAAAUUCCGGAGGUCAUUACCAGCCGAUAUGGUAAGACAAGCAUAAUAAGGCACAUUAAAUUCCGGAGGUCAUUACCAGCCGAUAUGGUAAGACAAGCAUAAUAAGGCACAUUAAAAUUCCGGAGGUCAUUACCAGCCGAUAUGGUAAGACAAGCAUAAUAAGGCACAUUAAAUUCCGGAGGUUAUUACCAGCCGAUAUGGUAAGACAAGCAUAAUAAGGCACAUUAAUUCCAGACGUCAUUACCACCCGAUAUGGUAAGACAAGCAAUAAGGCACAUUAAAUUCCGGAGGUCAUUACCAGCCGAUAUGGUAAGACAAGCAUAAUAAGUCACAUUAAUUCCAGACGUCAUUACCAGCCGAUAUGGUAAGACAAGCAUAAUAAGGCACAUUAAAUUCCGGAGGUCAUUACCAGCCGAUAUGGUAAGACAAGCAUAAUAAGGCACAUUAAAUUCCGGAGGUCAUUACCAGCCGAUAUGGUAAGACAAGCAUAAUAAGUCGCAUUAAUUCCAGACGUCAUUACCAGCCGAUAUGGUAACACAAGCAUAAGGCACAUUAAAUUCCGCAGGUCAUUACCAGCCGAUAUGGUAAGACAAGCAUAAUAAGUCACAUUAAUUCCAGACGUCAUUACCAGCCGAUAUGGUAAGACAAGCAUAAUAAGGCACAUUAAAUUCCAGACGUCAUUACCAGCCGAUAUGGUAAGCUAAGACAAACAUAAUAUAAUAACAAUAAUAAUAAAAAUGGUUUAUUCACACAUUAUCGCACGAACAUUGUGAAUUACAACGUGUGUACAUAUUUAGAAUAUUCAGUAAAAUCUAUUAUAUACAUGCAUGUAAAAAUUUGUAAGCAAAUUAAAAUCCAUUAUGAACAAGCAAGUAUCGCUAUUACUAUUAAAUUUGCAAGCUAUUGUUUUGAAACGAUCGAACACAUAGCUGGAAUAAGCUAUCUUUAUAUCGAUCUGUCCAGCAUUUAAUUAGGUACACUAUAGUCCGUGAUAUUCCGUAGGCAGCGUCCAUGUAUGUCUUCUCGUGUCGGUGGUAAUAGACCAUGGAGUUGGGAAUUAGGUUCCUGGAUCUUUUUCAAUGUUUUAUGGCACAGAAUGUGUCGUCUAUCUUCUAAACGAGAGCAUCGUUAGGCACAUUAAUUCGGGAUGUCGUUACCAGCCGAUAUGGUAAGAUAAGCAUAAUGAGGCACAUUAAUUCUGGACGUCGUUACCAGCUGAUAUGGCAAGACAAGCCUAGUCAGGCACAUUAAUUCCGGAUGUCAUCACCCGCUACAUAACUCACCUUGGCUCAAAAAAAAAUAAAUAAAGCUGCUACCACCUGAUAUGGUAUCUUAUAGAACAUGAUUAAAUUAGAAGUGCCAUACUUCGAAGCAAAACUUCGCGAAGCGAAACAAAAUUACAAAGCGAAACAAAAUAAACUGCUCAGUAUUAAGAGCGCGUGACGAAAUCCACGCGGUAGUCGUGUCUCCGAGCAUAAUCACUUCCGAAAUAUUUGAACAACGAUCAACAAACAAAUUAUAGGCCGCCAUAUUUUUUCGGUACUUUCGCAUAAACACAAAACAAAACAAAAAACAAGAAACGAUUGCUAUAUUAAACAAGUUCACUUGCCAGAUCAACUGCCUAAACCAAGACCAGGGAAAUGUUAGACUGUGGAACGAACAGUCUACGACGGGACGCAAAGUAUAAGAUUUGGACAACUUGUCGAAUUCACAGACGUAGCUUGCUGUCGUUUACAGACAGUUCACAGUAUGAUGAGCAAACGUAAACGGCUCAGUUCGAUGUAGUAACAGACAGGUCUCAGUAUGGUGAAAAACACGGUUCGCGCUAAAAGUGCAAAACUGCAAGUAAACCCACUUACCCAAGGGGUAGCUUGUCACUACCAUACCCGCGAGGACACAACAGACAGACAAAUAUUUGUAUUAUUCCUCUUUGUUGUUUUUUCUCUAUUAAUUAACUGUGUAUAAUAUUAAUUCCCACAUUGCACCCAAAGCAGACUGAAUCCUAAAUAUCAUCCGCAAAACUGUGGAUGAAAGUCAAUGUAGACUAGACUAUCACUUGCCUUAGUCAAGUUACGAUUGGGCGAUCAGGCGAGCCGCCAAUUCCUUCAAUAAUGCUAGAAGGAGUACGACUGUACAUUUAGUAUGUGGGACCAGUCGCAAGCACUCCUGCAAGUUAAAGCGAGAUAGUACGUCAGCAAUUACGUUCUGUUUACCAGGGACAUGUGCCGCAGAUAUGCGAAAAAUCGUAUUUUGCCGCCACUAAAUUAGAGCGAAUGAAUUUCUGGUUGGGUUUGGAUGAGCGAAGCCGAUUUUUAAGGCGUUACAGAAAUGUGCGGCCAAGUGUCACAACCACACUGGCAUGGCUGAGUUUACCCACCAAGGAUUCUAAUUCCUUACGUGUGUAACGCUUCUUGUUCUUCCACGCUACUAUCGUGAUUCGCAGUUCGAGUAAAUUAGUAUUAUCAGGCACACGUGCUGUAAUGGUGAUCGAGUUCAGUUCGCUGCCGAGAAAAGUAACUAUCAUUCUGAUGGCAUCUGGAACAGUAGUGUACACGACUGGAAAUUCGUUUUUCAAGAUACCAACAUUAACGCUAUGAUCAGUUAGAAAUGAUACGUCUAAAAUUAGGCGCCAUGUCUUUGGUUUGUUUUUCUUCAGAAUUACUCCAAAGGCAAAGCGAAUGCUGUAUAAUUUGGAGAGGGAGGGAGGUCAAAAGGCCCAAUCCCCACCGCGCAUGAAUUUCUUCAGCCAGAUACUUAUCAAUAACAUGUGGAUGCAUGAGCAUCCGCUCAGGAACAGUUUGACUGUGUGGAUAUUAGAGGAAUUCAUCUCUAUAACAAACUCCGUGCGAAAAAAACCCUCUUUGAAACCAUUAAGGCUGUACUUAACUUUUAUACGAUCAGGAUGUGCUGUCACUUGUGUGUGCAAAUGUCAACGUUAAUAGGAAAGUUAUCUGAUACCGCUAUAACUAAGUAUUCUGUCAAGCCAGACCGCCCGGAAAUGGCCGCCUGUGGAGUUUCACCUAACUCGCCUGACGACCGGGCACGUUUUGAAAAAAAAACCCCAGCGGGAUCUGCAAACUGAGUUUGCAACUUCAGGAAGUGAGCAAGGCUAAUCGCAUUAUUAAUUGCCGCAAUAAGAUGUCAUCAAUCCAGGUUCAGUGGCUUAAACGCAGUGUGAAACCAAGACAAGUAAAUAAGUUAAUUUUCUGUUAUACAUGCAUUCAUGUAACAGUGUACCAUAUUGGCAAUAUACCAGGAUGAAAUUUUACACUGUUGACGUUGACUGUUAGGGCCAGGCGAUAGCGGAGAAACAUAUUUACUAAUUAUAUGAAACCACAAAGACUUGUGCUCCGUUCUGCGUAACUAUUGUAUGAACAUCUCAUAUGCUUGCCGCCACGGCAUUUACGUCUCUCGAAACCUAUAUUUGCCGUCUCAGUAUAACAAGUCCGGCUUCAAUCACAACUAGGUCAGCAACUCGCAUGCACUAUGCAGUUCUUCACCACACACCCCUCGUGCAUGUUGUGCUGACAAAAAAAAAAUAUAGAUGUAGGACUGCUCAUUAUUAUGUACGUGAAACGUAUACCAUAUAUCUAUUGCUAAAUAAUCCACAAACUGGCUUAUACCGCCUUUUCCUUGGGCCCUAGUGCGCCCAGGAAUCUGGCACAACGUUUAACCAGUUUUACUGGAAUUGGAGAUCUGCCAGGGAAAAGGACAAAGCGUUUUCGGGCCUCGAGUUAGAAACAAACACAGAUGAACACAAGUGUCUAGCUAGUCUUCGUGAUUUUCCCCAUAUUUCAUUGGAUCGAGUUUGCGCGAGGUUUACAGACGGAAUGGCGUGAGCUUCUACGCCAACUAUUUCGCUAUAGUUGCGACAAAACAAUGGAGCAUUCAACAUACCUGUGUUCUGCCGAGACUGUGAGCCUCCUACCUGAGUCUGUAGCUGAUAGACCGUCCGCGUAGUAGCCCGAGACGUGUUCGCAGGAUUCCCCAGUUCUUCCAAACCGGCGCUCUCCGGUCGAUCGGUGCGCUUGACUGGCGCAAAACUUGAGCAAUUGCCGCUUGAAGGCCCGUUGCAAACUCCGGUGAUUGGAAAGCAGAACUCUGCCAGACGCCAUAGCCAAUUCGUAAAGGCAACCACUCAAAACGCGCAACACGAACACAAAAUAACAAAAAAAUAUUCAAAGCGCACGUUGUCGUCGUUUGGACGUCAGACUUGGAAUGAUAGAUGUCACCUACUCCCAUUGCGCCAUCCCCCCGGUCAUGUGACGUGCUGACGUCAGAAUACCUGGUUCCCAAGUUGCUAACCCUGGUUAUUGCAUAACCUCAUAUAAAGUGCGGAAGUGAUUGAGAUACACGUUUAUAAAUAGCGUCAAAGUGCGCGGUUAGUUAUAAUACGAAAUGGAUAAGGCAAACAGUCACGUGUUUUGUGAUCACUGUGAACAAAGCGCUUCGGAAACAACAUUCCGUAGGCAUAUGGCUUUAAAACAAUCACGCCAAAUAAAGAGAAGUUUGAAGAAAGAUUCCUCAACGUCUUCCUCCGACACAGACGGAGAAACUGAUUGUAACAGUUGCAAUUUGAAAGGUGAGAGUGUUUGCAUUAAAAUAAUGUCCAUAUUAAAUUAAACCACUGAUUAAACAUACAGCUAUGUAGUAUUUAAAACACGAGAAGGAGUGUUUUAUCAUAUUUAAAACGCGAGGCGCAGCCGUGCGUUUUAGAUAUGAUAAAACGCGAGUUCGAGUGUUUUGAAUAGCUUAAAAUACGACUACAAAAGAAUACUAAUUAGGAUGAACGAUUUUAUAAAGAAUACUAAUGAAGACGAGUUUUAUCAGAUACAAAGUCACUCCACGUGACAUAUUAUGGCUGACAUGAUUUGCCACAAGGUUUAUGAAUUUGUAAUGAAUACUUUAAAUGUAUAUACAGCAGGGCCGUAGAAAAAUCGAUAAUUGGGGGCUUAUAUUCAUAUAUUCGCGUUCUGCAUUAUUCACUUCUUUUGAAAUCGAUUGUUUUUACGGUCUGUAAACAUGAAUAUAUGAAUAUGAGCCCCCCGAUUAUCGAUCUUCCUACGGCCCUGAUACAGGGUGUAUAAAAAAACUGAACAAAUUCGAAAUUGCUCUCAAUUUCGCAAAACAGCUAUUAGUAGCCAGUUUUUUAUAUAUAUAGCUUCUUUGGGUACUUAUAAUGUAGAAUAAUGAAAACAAUUUCUCGAACUCAAAUUUUGUAAACCAGGGGUGUCUUUUCCAACAAAGUAAAAAUUGCUUGCGCGCGAAUUUUCAAAGCUUUAUUACUUUAAUCGUAUUUUGAGUUAAUGGAUGGAAAAUUUCUGUUGAGUUUUUAAUUACUGUACAAAAAAUUUCAGCCAAUUUUCUUCAGUUUAAGCCCUUUGGUUAACUAUUCACGCAAACUUACAUUUUUUCCUAAAAAAUCAGCCUUUUGCAUGCUUAAUUAUAACUUUGCCUAAUUUGCAUAUGAGUCAGCAAUAUGCAAAUUAGGGCUGAUUUUUUAGGAAAACAUGAAUAGUUAAAGCAAAGUAAAGCUUAAAAGUAUGAAUAGUAAAGCUUAAACUAAAGCAAAUUGUCUGAAAUUUUGUACUAAAAAGUAAUUAAAAACCCAACAAAUUUUCCAUCCAUUAACUGAAAAUACGAUUAAAGCUUAGUAGCGAGAAAUUGAAACAUUUUAAGAUAACAAAUCAUAUAUAUAUAUAUAUAUAUAUAUAUAUAUAUAUAUAUAUAUAUAUAUAUAUAUAUAUAUAUAUAUAUAUAUAUAUAUAUAUAUAUAUAUAUGAACAUGCAGAUUUUCUCUUAGAAACUGUAGAAAUGUCCCACGAUAUUGGUUUUCAGCAGAACAUAACUGACCCAAAUACAUUCGGACAUUCAAGCCCUGAUGACGUAAGUACACUGAAUUUAAACAUUCACAUGCAUAUAUGAUUACAGUUACAAGUUAAUGAAGUUAUACUGUUCCAUAUAUAAAUUACUUUAAUUAAAAUUAAAUAAUCAAAAUUGGCCGUUCGCGCGACAAAAUUCGCUACUGGAAAACCGGCUUUAAAGCCAUCUUGAAUUUGUCAACCACGAAAAUGGCGGCCAACGUAAACAAAAAGUGCGCAAAGCAUUGUAGUUGACAAUGUCUCUUUGAUAAAUGAUUACAAUUAUGAUUAAAAUACGUAGAGUGUAGAGUGAAAUAAGGCCGAAAUGAAUUGUCAACUUCUACAAGUCGUAGGUUUUUUAGCAUUCAAUAUGCUUCAAGUAAAAUAGCUACAUGCCCAUGCUACGAAAUUUUUACCUUAUUUUUUGUUUUUCUAAAAGUAUUGCUGGAGUUAUGAAGAAUUACGUUUACAGUUUCGUCAUAUCUCAUCUCAUUCUCAAGUUAUCGCACUCUCUAUAUUUUGAGUUGUGACGUCACAAGUAUGAGUUGAGAUAAUAACAAUAACAAGAAAGUAUGAUAUCGAUCUUGGUGAGUAUUUAAUAAAAUUCAAUGAAACUUGCUACACUUAGUGUGUGUACCAAUAUGAAUAUUUUUGGCAGGUCAUGGCAACACACUAGUCCCAAGUCUCUUCUCUUCCUUUUCACAACUUUAAUUUCCUCCUGUAGACCUCUUGUACUGGGGCCGGUUGUUCAAAGCUGGGUUAGCUUAACCCUAGGUUAACCUAAAAUUCAAAGCAAACCUCCCGACAGCUUGUCUACAAAUUUGGAAAUAUUUCUUCAGAGAUCUUGUCUGGAUCGAUAGGACUUUACUUCUCUGAAGGUUUGAAAUAAACAGACGUGCAAGAAACACACCAACUAAAACAGCAGAUUAAAUUUUAACCCAGGGUUAGCGCUAAUCCAGCUUUGAACAACCGGCCCUAGAAUGUUUACAUAUUAUAACUGUUUAAACUGAUCACAAUACCUACACUUAUUAUAAAGUUGAAAAGCGAAAAUUGCAGAAAUUGCUAUUUAUUUCGUUGGAAAUGGAUCAUAUAGAAAUUGUAAGAGAAGGGACUGGGACGAGGCCGAGUGUGUUGCCAUAACAACCAUAUAAACAAGCCAAAUUGUUGACCUUGUUGCAUCCAGUAAGUGUACCAAGUUUCAUUGAAUUUUAUUAAAUACUCACCAAGAUAUCAUACUUUCUUGUUAUUGCCAUUAUCUCAACUCAUAUACUUGUCGCAACUCAAAAUAUAGAAAGUGCGAUAACUUGAGAAUGAGAUAUGACCAUACUGUAACGUCAUUCUUCAUCACUCUGGCAGUACUUUUUAGAAAAACAAUAAAAAAUGAGGUAAAAUUUCACUUUAAACAUAGUCAUCCGAUAAAACAAUUUGAAAUAUGAAAAAACGGGCGACUAAAAUUAAUACAUUUAUUUUUACAUGUAAGUUUUAAUAUUCUUUUUCGGUUUUAGGCAAAUACAGUAAAAAUAUAUUUGUUAUUAUGGAGUAUAGUUUAACUGCAAGUUUAACUAUUACAGUAAUUAACAACCAUAUUACAAAUGUGCUUCAAAAACUCAUUAAGAGCGAGUGGCUUUAAACCUAAUAAAACACUCCUGCUCGUUUUUUAAAUAGUACAUAAAACCCACACGUAAAAGCAAGUACACAUGGAAUGCGAGAUCGUAAAUUUAGGUCGAAAACAAGCUUCUUAAAGCCCAGUUCUCAUUUAGCGCCGACGUCGGCGAUGCCCAUUGUCGUUGAUCAUUGAUGAGUAAAAUCUUUUGUCUAUUCAAGCUCAUAAAUACAUAAUAUAACUGCGAAAGACGGUCACUAGGUAGACUUAACAGUGCCCCGAUGGGGAGUGAGCUGAAUAAUGUGACAAUAACUGCGGUUGGGCGAUUUUAUACAAAGUACAGUAAUACACGAAAUACUACGGUAUGGUCAUCAUGUCCACUAUAAGAACUAUAAUUCAUUAUUUGGUACUUCUUGCUGUGUUAUUCUUGUCUUGUUAAUAUUACGAACAUAAGAUUUUAAAAAAGAGCUUGUGCAUUUCCAAUAUUGAAAUUAAUCUAAUCUAUAUUUUGAAGGGAUGCAUUUUAUACGCACAAUUUGUCACGUGACCUAAGUUCCUAUGCUAUGAUAGGAACUUACAAACAUUGACGAAUUUCCAAUGCAUGUACAGUACUCGAUUAAUUAACCAUGAUUUAACCACGUACCUGGCAAAUAAAUAAGUAUUUUUGCUUCAUAUCCAUUGUGCAGAACACUGAUCAAGAUACAGCCUUUGAUGAUGAUAAUGGUUUGGAUAGCGAAUUGUCAGAAGAUGAUAGUACUGAGUCAACUGACGAUGAAAUUUGGCCAGAUGUAUCUGAGGAGAUACUGGAUCAAGACAUCUCAUCCAAUGAAGCUCUUCCAGAUCCUAUACCAAAGCGGAGAAAAGUGCAAGUUGUUAACUCCAUUCUCCAGUGGUUGUUGUAUUUUAUCUUAAUUUGGCAAGGUGUAUGUCACUUAAGUGAUAAUGGGCUUGCAUGGUUGUUGCGUUUUCUUCUGCAAUUCCUUAAAGUGCUGAAUAUCCAUGUAACUGGCGAGCUUUUGACUGAACUGAUAGCUAUUUUUCCGACCUCGUUGUAUAUGGUUCGCCAGUUACUAGAUUUAGAUCGCGACAAUUUCAACAAGUAUGUUGUUUGUCCCAAAUGCUCUGCAUGCUAUGAAUACAAUGAAUGCGUCCGUGAUGUUGAUGGUCGACACGUUGUCAAGAGAUGUUCAAGCAAGCAUUACUCACGAGGGAAAAUACAUUUCUGCAACGGAAAACUGGUAAAAAAAGUUACUUUGAAAAACAAUGUUAUCAAAUAUUAUCCAAUUUAUACGUACUGCUAUUCAAGCGUUGUAAACACUUUAAAAAAACUCCUUAAAAAGCCAGGAUUUCCUGCUAAAUGUGAAGAAUGGAGAACGAGACACACAGAAUCGGAACAGCUAACAGAUAUGUUUGAUGGUCAGCUUAGGAAAGAUUUUCAGAAAUAUAACGGUAUCGAUUUUUUGAAUGCUCCCAGAAAUUACGGACUUAUGCUCAACUUCGACUUCUUUCAGCCAAUGAAACAUAGGAAGGAUUAUUCUGUUGGAGUACUUUACCUGGUGUUGCUAAAUUUACCGCGCGCAGAACGCUUCAAAUGGGAAAACGUUUUAGUAGUUGGCAUCAUUCCUGCCAUGGGGAAGGAACCCAAGAAUUUAAAUCCAUUCCUAAAGCCGUUAGUUGAAGAAUUAAAAGCACUGUGGAAAGGAGUUCGCUUGCAGUCUAGUCUUAGCACAAUAUCCUUAAUAUUCAGAGCAGCUUUGUUGUGCACCUCUUCAGACAUACCAGCCUCAAGAAAACUAUGUGGAUUCAAAGGCCACAGUGCUGAAUUGGGGUGUUCGCGGUGUCUUAAGAAAUUUCCGGGUGGCUUUGGCGAAAAGCGAGAUUACUCUGGUUUCGAAGAAGAAAACUGGCAGAAACAUAAGAAUGAAGAGCACAGGCGUCAAGCAAAAAAGAUGUCACGAUGUAAGACAAAAAAAGAAGAAGCUAAGCUGUCAAGAAAGUACGGAAUAAACUACUACAGUGAACUUUUAAAACUAGAAUAUUUUGACGUAGUCAGAUUCUGUUCUAUUCACCCAAUGCAUAAUCUGUUUCUUGGAACGGCGAAAUAUAUUUUUAAGCACUGGGUAAGAGACGGAAUUCUGAACAAAAAAGACCUUGAGACAUUGGAAAGUAGGAUAGAUAGACUGGAGGUACCUGUUGACAUCGGAAGACUGCCGAAGGUAAUUUCAUCAAAUUACGGUUCCUACACAGCAGAACAAUGGAAAAAUUGGACGCUCAUAUACUCCUUAUAUGCUCUAAAAGAUGUCUUACCAGAACAAGAUUUUAAAUGCUGGCAGUCUUGUGUGUUGGCUUGCACGUAUCUGUGCAAACCUAUUCUUUCCAACAACAACAUCAUAAAACAAAUAACAGGUCCAUUGAAUUGCAACUUAUGCGUAAGCUAACAACAUGACGGUUUCUCGACAACAUGACGCUGGACAAACAUUUACAACCUUACUUUGACGAUGUCGUAACCAUAGCAAGAAACGACUCUAAAACUAUUUAUUCGGCUUUUGCACUAACCAAACUCCUAAGUUUCUUUAAUACUGACGUUAUGGCACCUUUGAAAUCCAUUAAUUGGAGUAAUAUUUCAGCUGGAAACCUACACCUUUGAUACAAAGAAAGAAGUCUUGAUAACGAUGAUCUGGCUGUUCUGCUUAAAGUGUAUAAUACCAUGUUUCCAGGCAAGAAUAUCAUAAGUGAACAGCUUAGCAGAACUAUUCGGAAAUAUGGCACGAUUGAGAUAUUCAACCAACAAUUUGGGUCAAAGUUGGCUUAUAGAAGUAAGCGAUCAACGGGAGUGUUAGCAGAUUGGCCUAGAUUAGACGGUGAAAUUGAUGAAACUUGCAACGGUAUGUCCUUUGGAAUGAUAGAGUUUUAUUUUUCCCACUUGUUGAACUUUAGUGGAGAAUUUAUCAAGUACUACUUUGCAUGUGUAACGUGGCAUAAAUCAGUGGACGACACAAACUUUAACUCAGUAAACCCUUUGCAUGUGGCAAGUAAGGAUGAUAAACUACCAACUGGUGCAUCGCAAUUUCUAUCAGUUCAGCGUAUUUCAAGGAAAUGCGCAAUUGCAAAUGAAGAAAAUGAACACAUGGACAAAAGGUACAUUCUUUCACCUUUGCCACGUCAUUUUGUUUCCUAA